AUGCAUACAUCUGUCAUUCUCAUUGUUUUUCUGGCUUUUCUUCUCGUGGGUAUUGCUGCAAGCAAAACAAAAUUCGAAUUUCCCACACAAGCAUGUAUCGGUGGUUUAAUUUCUGGCAAUAUUUUGGGCUGUGCGAUAGCUUUAGCUAAUUCUGUUUGGAAAAUUCAUCAAUGGAGCGAAGACACAAUGAUUAAUGUGUGUGGUAAUGAAUGUAAGGGCAAUUUAAAGGGUCGCCUCUAUGGUUUGAAAUGGAAAUGGAAUGCCAAGUUCCAGUGCUCGACGAAGGGUCAAGGAAUCGUUGGGCGAUUCACAGCAUUAGGUCGGCAAUCAGCUAUGAAGGGAGCUAUCAAUGACUGGAUCAUAAAAGCAGCAAAUGCUGGCGCUAUUAAUGCUGAUGAUUUCAAAUGUUGA